AUGGAUCGCAGGUCCCGGGCUCAUCAGUGGCGCCGAGCUCGCCAUAAUUACAACGACCUGUGCCCGCCCAUAGGCCGCCGGGCUGCUACCGCUCUCCUCUGGCUCUCCUGCUCCAUCGCUCUCCUCCGCGCCCUAGCCUCUUCCAACGCCCGCGCCCAGCAGCGGGCUGCCCAGCGCCGGAGCUUCCUUAACGCCCACCACCGCUCCGCUGCCGCUGCAGCUGCCGCACAGGUACUCCCCGAGUCCUCUGAAUCCGAAUCUGAUCACGAGCACGAGGAGGCUGAGCCUGAGCUGGCCCGCCCCGAGUGCCUAGAGUACGAUCAGGACGACUACGAGACCGAGACCGAUUCUGAGACCGAGCCUGAGUCCGAUAUCCAGUCCGAGACCGAAUUCGAGACCGAGCCUGAGACCGAGCCUGAGACCGCCCCUACAACUGAGCCUGAGACCGAACCAGAGGACGAGCGCGGCCCCCGGGGCGCCACCUUCAACCAGUCACUCACUCAGCGUCUGCACGCUCUGAAGUUGCAGAGCGCCGACGCCUCCCCGAGACGUGCGCAGCCCACCACUCAGGAGCCUGAGAGCGCAAGCGAGGGGGAGGAGCCCCAGCGCGAGCCCUUAGACGAGGAUCCUCGGGACCCCGAGGAGUCAGAGGAGCUCAGGGAGGCGAACAGGCAGCCCCGCCGCUGCAAGACCAGGAGGCCAGCCCGCCGUCGCGACCAGUCCCCGGAGUCCCCUCCCAGAAAGGGGCCCAUCCCCAUCCGGCGUCACUAAUGGGUGACUCCGUCCAGAUUCUCCUUGUUUUCAUGGAUAAAGCCAGACCCCGCAGACCACUGACUGUAGAUGUUUAUCGAGUGAACAUGAAAUGUAAGCUGCCCAUUUGGGGGAAGCCAUUUUGUGGAGGCUUAACCUACGUUUGCUUCACUGCUCUCUACCACGUAACCUCACACACACACACACACACACACACACACACACACACACACACACACACCAGCACACACUACACACACAAACAGAUACAUACAACAUACACAGAACACACACACACACCAACAACAAACACUACACACACAAACACAUACAAUAUACACAUAACACACAUACAACAACACAUACACAUACACAUAACACACACAACAACACACAUUACACACAGAAACACAUGCAACAUACACAUAACACAUACACACAACACAUACUACACACACACAAACAGAUACACAUACAACACACACACAACACAUACAUAUAUACACACAUACACAACACACACAACGCAUAUACAUACACACACCACACUAACAUUUACACACCACAUGCUAACACACACACAAAUACCACACACACACAUAAUAUACAACACAUACACAAAUAACACAUACAUAUACACACAUACACAAACACACACAACGUAUAUACAUAUAUACAAUAUACACAACAUACCACACUCUAACAUAAACACACAUAUAACACAUACACAACACACAUACACACACAUAACAUAUGACACACACAUACCAUGCACACACAACACCUACACACAAAAUAACACAUACAAACAACAUAUACAUAACACAUACACACAUAACACACACAUACACAUAUAACACAUACAUAUACCCACACAUAUACAACACACACACAAUGCAUACAUACCACACACCACGCCAUACAUACACACACAAUACACACAACACAUAAACAUACACACAACAUAUAUAACACACAAGCAUACACAAACAACACAUACAUAUAUUCACAUAUAUACAAUAUACGCACAGCACAUACACAUAUAUACUUCACAAACAACACAAUAUACACAUACACAACACACAUAGAACACAUGCACACACAAACACACACACAUAACACACACAUACAACAUAUAUAUACAUACAACACAUACAUAACACACUUAUACACACAUAACACGUAUACAACACACAUAUACACACAACACACACAUAUAUAUAACACGUUUGCUUACCCACACACAUACACACAUACAACACACACACAUAAUGCACACAGACACACACAGCGCAUACAUAACACAUAUACACAUAACAUAAACAAUACACACACAACACAUUUUGCUUCACCCCACACACAUACACAUGCAUACACAUAUAACACAUACAUAUACCCACACAUACACAAACCACAACCACCACUACCCACACACAUAUACACACACAUACACACAUACAUACAUACACACGCAUGCACACAUCUACACACACAUACGCACAUACACAUGCACACACACAUGCACACACAUAAUCUUUCUUUUCUUUUUUACAUAUAAUGUAGGCUUACCUUGACAUCUUAUUAGUAAUUAUUAUUAUUAAUAAUAAUACAAUGCAGUUGCUUUUAUGUACACAUUUUGAAUGGGUAAUGCUGCAGUAUACAGAAUCCUUGUUGACGGAUUACAGGGUCCCAAAUAACUUUUCUUUUCAUGGUCUUUUUAAAGUAAUCCUUAUUUUUAGUUCAUAGCUAAGUCCCAUUUUUCCAUUUAUCAAGAAUCCACCCAUGAUUUUGAAAAACAAUUGGUUGAUUCAAUUCAACGUGAAAAAUUUAAAAAAAAUUUUUAAAGAGAGGAUAGAAAAAAAUUAAAAUUGAAACCCUCAACAUUAGUCACAUACACAAUCAGUUCCCCCUCCAAAUAAGAUGUGCCCACCCCCUUCUUAGCAAAACUACAGCUUUUCAAAUGUCUCUGCGUCAUCUAGGAGACAAACAGCAAAUGAAAAUUAAUUUCUGAUUUUUUUUUAAAAAAUCAUACAGGUUCAAUGAACCUUCCCCCUCCCACAGUUUUAAUGAAGUUAAAAUUAGUAUGCUUUUUUGCCUUUUUAAAAAUAAAACUUCACAGAAAGAGUAGAAGUUUUCCAAGAGAAACAACAAGGCCAGAGUGAACAGAGACCAAGAACUGUGGGCACUGGAAUUCAGCCUCUGUGGGCCUCCUGGCAACAGACACAGCAACUCUGUCCAACGCCCACCUAUCUAGGUCUUUAGUCUGCUGGAUGGAGUGCCCGUUGUUACAUCGCAUUCCUACGCUGACCUCUGGACCUCUGACCUAGGAUCAAGCUCUUCAGAGAGAAUAGAAGAAAAUGGGCCUGGCCUUUCUUUUGGAGUUUCAGAUGAAGAAUCUUUGAGGCCUUUAUGUAGCUUAAGAAUACUUAGUGGGCAGUCCCAGAUGCAAGCUCCCAGAGGGGCCUUAGUUUCCAGCAAACUCAGAGAGGAGGACUUCUUUUCUUCUUAAUUCCCUAAAAGCAGAGCCAGAUCCUGGAUGAAGCUUUUUAUUCUGGAAGAGCUAGAGUGGGAGCUCACAUGGGAGCUUCCCCCCCACCCCGCCCCCAUGUUGAGUUUACAACUUCUUUUUUCCCCUUUCCCCUUCUCUAUUUCAAGUCAAGUUUUAUUUUAUUUUAUAAUUUUAUUUUUGUAUAUUUUCCACAAGAGACUGUCUAGGCGUCCCACACUUCCAGCUUCUACAUUUUAUAGUUCACUCCUUCUACAGGGUCUAUAACCACAAGAGAACUCAAGCAAUAGACAGGACAUCUUGCCAAAUUUAGGAUGAUAUGAUAAUGUGGCAGAAGAAAGAGAAAAUCCCAAGAGAGUCAUUUUUUUUAAUCCCCUCAUUGAUACCAUGUGAUGUUCCUGCUUGUCCCUCCCCUCCUCUCUGUUUCCUGUUAUUAGCUACCUAAGUAGUUAUUAGCUCAGGAUUGUUACUUAGCUUGGGGGGGGGGGUCUGAAUGUGGUGUUUUACAUGCAAAAAGAAGUGUCUUUAGUUUCCCUCCUAAUAACCAGAUCACCGAAGAGGCGGACCAGCUGGUGGGAGAGGAAGAGGACCAGACCCCAAAAGAGAGGUAAGGACCCACUUUGCCCCCCCCAACCCCAAAAUGUUAACUUCUCAAUUAUCGCCAACCACCACAGGCUUGAGGGGACACAAUGCUUUGGUCUCUGACACAAGACCUUUGAAGUUAAAAUUAUUGGAAGUGUUGGAAGCGGUAACCAAGGAGCAGCAGGCAAGUGACCCGUGAGAGUGACAAAUACUCAGGAAGUGUGCUUCUGGUGUCCUUAGAGGUAAAAUCCCAAACGGUGUUAUAGAGUGAGUUAUGAAAGCUCUGGAGAAUUCAGGAAUAUUUUGACUUAAAAAGAGUCCCUCCCACUAAUCCCAAACAAUGGAUCUUGCCCAAUUUGAACUAUUUAGUUUGGGGGCGAGGAGAGAGGUAUAAAUGUAAUAUCGACUGGUACCCGAUUUAAAAUUUCAUGUGAAUCAGUCAGUGUUGAUGGCAGUCACACACAUUUUUGUGUGGGGGACAGAGCAAGGACUUAAACUUUGUCGCAUUCUCGGAUAAUGGGAAGGGGGAAAAAGCUUUAUGUACCUACCUUCUCAGGAGUGUCACGGUCGAGCUUGCUCACUGCCACCGCUAAGGGAGAGUGACCUCUUACGAAGACUUCAGAACGGCCAGCUGGGGCCUCUCUUCUGACUGGCUGGCUCUUGCCUGUCCUUCUGUCAAGGGUUCAGAGUACCUCUCUCCUCCUUCCUACGUAACCAGUUUGUCCCCCGUCAAAACUGGUCGUUUAAGUGUAAACGACUCUGAAGACAUUCCUACAGGUAACCUGCACCCAGGUAAGUCCGACACUGAAUUCUUUUUUCAGCAAAUGUCAACAGUAACGGUCAUGAGGACACACAAAACCCCAAAGCUAGGCACAGACGAGUCCAUGACCCCAGAGCUACAAAGGGAAUGAGAACAAGUAUCUUGAAGCUUACCUGCUAGAUAUGUUGAGUCUCCCGGAGCUUCUGAGACCCAUCCUGGGUCUGAACCUCAGUUUCUAAAGCAGUAAAAUAGCUUACUGGUCUCACUGACCCUCCCGCCCCCAAUAAACAAAAAUGACUUCCCCUCACUCCCCGAAGGAUAGCGUCAAGAGUAGGUGGCAUUCCUGCAGAGGUGCACAGUACAGUCAAAUAGCCUUUCAAAACAAGUCUGUCUUCACUCUGUCAUUACAUGGGGUCAUCCCUAAGUGUCCAAGGGUCAGGACCAAAGCCCAAAGGGCCACUUCUCAGGAAAGGCAGUUUAUUUGUAAUUUGUCCCUUAAGUUGUUUGUUGGUCUUAACGGUUGUUUUUAGCAUGUGUGGAAAGUGUACGUCUUAAUUCCUUGCGUUUGCACUCUGAAUGGCUCUACUGGGCCUAGUGUGUGCUUAGAUAGCUUAUCAAUAAAAUCACAUGUGUCACACAGGACCCUCCUGCCCACUGUCCUCUUCAAUAAGAAAUUUUUGGUGGUGGGCUUCAGAAAAGCCUGGAGACAAUAAAUAAGGGUUGAUAUUUCAGGUGGCCACUAGAUGGUGAGAGGGUAUAAGGCAGAAGGCAGAGAGAAGGCUAGCGAAGUGGGUAAGGGUCCUGCUUUACUUUGCCCCACGCCAAAGAUGAGGCCCAUAGGGGUCCCCAAAGUUUAGUCAGAUCCACAUUUUCAUAUUUUGAGCUAUGGCUUAUUCUUUUUAGCUAUGCACUGAGAUUUUAGGAACAUUUAAAAUGUGUCUAUUUACAGAGGGGUCUUCCAAGCCACUCCAUUUUGCCAUGGGGGCUGGGACCUGUUUUCUGCACCAUAGAUAUCUGAUAUCAGACACACAUAUGCACACACACUACCGCCACCACCACCACCACCACCACCACCACCAUACAUGCACAUAUGCACACACACACACCCCACCACCACCAUACAUGCACAUAUGCACACACACACACACACCCCACCACCACCAUACAUGCACAUAUGCACACACACACACCCCACCACCACCAUACAUGCACAUAUGCAUACAUAUACACACCACCACUACCACCAUACAUGCACAUACACACACACACGCACACAUAUAUGUACACACACAUGCCACCACCACCACACAUGCACAUGAGCGCGCGCACGCACACACACACACACACACACACACACACCAAUACCACCAUGAUCACCAAAAGCCACCACUAUACACACUUUACACAUAUAUACUAAUACUAUCAACAACAGCCACCACUACACACAUACACACACACACACACACACACACACACACACAACCACCACCACCACCUCCCACAAUUAAGUAUGACAACCCAAAUCUUUCUAGUGACCACUAAAUGUCACUCAUGGUUGAGAGCUCCCACCCAGACAUUAUCCAUCCCUUGUCCUGAGGAAGCUAGACAUCACACAUGUCAUAACUUGUCAUCUACAGACUUGUUAUCUAAAGCAAAGUUGUCCCUUUUACUAACCAAUCAGCAAUGUGCACACUCAUCUUGGUGGCUUACAUUCUUGGAUAGAAGCAAUGUCCCCAAAUAUCCGAGAGUGACCCCCAGAUGACCCUAAAUAGGAGAGAAGAGGACAUUAUUUCAGGCAAAUAAACAAUGUACUGUUCUAGGACUCUGAUAGGUUAAUAUCUAACUAGUCAGUGGGCAGCCAGGAUCAGGGGCAUACAUAGAUUUUUUUUACCCUUAAUUAUUGUACAUAGGGCUCUUUAAGUUAUAAUUAGCAUCGUGCUAGCCUGUCUCCCUCUGCCUAGUGUGUACUAGUAAAUUCUGCUACUGUAGAAGGGAUACUCAUACAACAAGGGGGCAAGCAUCCUGCACCUCCCACGUACUCACAGGUACUAAAAGAGCCUUGAAUUAGCCGGUACACACCAGCCUCAACAAAGACAGCCAUCCAUUCAUGGAAAGGUAAUUCAUGUCACUUUUGUGUGGUAGUGAGAACAAGGUGACCACAGUGAGGAGGAGGAGGGGGAGGAGGAGGAGGGGGGGAGGAGGAGGAGGAGGGGGAAGAGGAGGAGGAGGAGGAAGAGGAGGAGGAGGAAGAGGAGGAGGAGGAGGAAGAGGAGGAGGAGGAAGAGGAGGAGGAAGAGGGAGAUUGUCAAAAAGGAAAUAGUGGUUCCAAAAGAAAUUUCUGUUUGGGCUUUGAUAAGAUGGUUGAUACGUCCCCACCUAAGAGCAAUGUUAGUAUCUCUCUCCAUGUCUACCCAUCAGGUAAGGGUUACCUUAGUGUUACCUCAAUUUACCUUAGUGUUACCUUAGUGGGCCCGAGUCACCAAUUAGCACCUCCUUUGUCUCUGUCCUUUGGCUUCUGGGGCUGAAUGCAGCUCUUCCUGCCAUGCUGACCCGAAUUGUACUCCUAGCUCCUAACUUAAAAAACAAAAAAAAACAAACAAAAAAAGUCGUUUUCUAGUAUUUUUCCCCCCUUCGAGAACUUAAGAUUUUUUACACCUCCAAGUUAGCUGUUAGGUAAAGAGUAGGGUGAAUCAGUCCAAACAGACUGGGUCUGAGCAGUUAGGUGCUGGCUAUGCGAGGUGGAAAAGCAGCCUAUGACAUCUGAACUUCUUGCAGAUUGGCUUGAGUGUUCCAGGUUCCGCUAAGCAAAGUGCCUCCAACUAGGAAAACCUCCUCACUGCCUCACUGCCCAAUCCUAGAAAUGACUCAGGGAAAAACCUCAGAAUGUUGACUUUGAGCUUUUGCCUGGGACCAAGUACAACAUCUUUCCAAGGAAAUGCUUAGAAGACUCAAGGCAGAACCCAAAAUCCAAUGCCAGAUGUUAGGGGGAAUUUUUUUUUUUUAAACAUUGGGCAGCCAAAAAAACUCUGGGCUAUUUAUACUUUAGCGUUCAUAUGACUUCUGUUUCUUUCGUUUUUUGCUCUUAGGAGGAGAGCACAGAAGGUCAUUUUGUUUUGCCAAGCAGAUAUGCAAGGGAGGAUUUAAGACGUACACUUGGGCGGGAUCCCACUGUCUCGAGGGACUAUUUGGAAAUGUUGUCACUUUCCCUGUUACCUUGAUGGGGGGAGAAAGUGCAUUAGUGGGGGAGGGGUACCCAGAGGGUACCAGUGUUUGCAGAGGGUCCUAGAAUGAAGGAGAGAGCACUGGUUUAAGCUCAGGGGUUUUGCUGGGACCUUGGUUGAUUCUAACUAACACUUGAGUUUAGGGUUCCAUGCACUUGCCAAGUGACAACCAGAAAAGACUAACGAUACAUCUUGAAGCAUUCAAGUUGACCUGAGGUUCUGCCGUGGCCAAAGAGGGAACAAAUUUGAUGAGUUGUUUUAUGAGGGAGCCAGAAACUUUGCAUGUCUCCCAGGUCUACUUCUACAAGUACUCACAAGGGGUUUUAGGGCAGGAACAUCUGGAGAAGCUGGAGUACAGAGUAGAAACUCAACUUAUUUGGCAGACAAGUCUAAAGCUGAUAUAGCCAAGAUUCACCCCCAGAUUCAAGGUGAUAGGAAGCAAACACCUUCACCCCAGGUGUCCAGUAAGAUCUCCUCUUGUGGUAGCUCUCAGGGAGAAGUGGGGCCCUCAGGAAGUGGGGCCAGCCCAUCUCAUUUGCACCCUUAGUUCACAGUGGGAGGGAGGAAACAAAAGGCCCUGAGGCACUUUGCCUGUUUAUUCUCUUCCUAUUCUCUUUUCUUGCUUUAUCUUUCUUUUCAUUUUCAGAUUUUUUUUAAAAGUAGGAUCUUUUGUAGGGAGAACAUUGCUGAGACAGAAUUUAUAAAAUAUACAUAUACUUUAAAGGAAAGAGGGGGAACAUCCACUAUUUAGGGCUGGGAAGUAGAAAAACCCUAACAAAGGACGGCUGUUCAGAACUGGCUGGCAGAUGGCGCUCCGAGUUUACAAUUGAGAGCCUGGUGAUAGAAAAUUCACGCCUGCGCCUGCUCCAGGCGGUCCCUCCCUUAUCUUCCUUCCCAGGGACGCAGCUCCGCCCCAGCCCUAAGAAUGUAUACUUUUUAAGGUUUCACUUCAGCAAUUGGCAUCUGGUGACAAGUAUCCCCACUUUGUAGACCUUUGGGGUCAGAAAAAUGAAAUACAAUGGGGUGUAAACCUGGCAGCCCCAUUUUUCAGGACUUUGGCCCCCCUCCCAUGUGUAACAGUGCUAAUUAGGCUCUUAUUCUGCCAAGAGCAGUUCUGAGACUCUGGGCCCAUCCUUCUGUCUUUUAGGGGAAAAGGUGUGUGCUUGUGUGUGUGUGUGUGGGGGGGGUCUUUCUUAGUUUAGAAUUUUUUAAUUCUCUUAGGAGAAGUUUUAAGUAGAAGGUGUUUGUCAACAUCUCCCCUCCCUGCAGCGCUCUCUCUCUCUCUCUCUCUCUCUCUCUCUCUUUCUCUCUCUCUCUCUCUCUCUCUCUCUCUCACACACACACACACACACACACACACACACACACACACACACACACACACACCUUUGAAUGGGUCCUUACCAAAAUGUCAGAUGGUGUAGGAAAAACAUCUUAGGGCCAUCGUUUGCCCUUUAACAAAUGGCUAAUCAUUUCUAGGUUCCCAUUUUCUGUAGCAGCAGAGAUGAGAAAUUUCUUUCUUUCCACCCAGCCAAGGGUUGGUGGGAGAAGAAUACAUACAUUAAGACUCCUAGGAGAAAUCCAAGGAGCCUCCCUGGAGAAGAGGACAUUUUAGACACAGUGGAACAAUACAGGACUAGGUUCCCAAAGAUAGUGCCUUCGUACUUGCCCUGAUCCCACUGCCCCAUCUCCUCCACAGCAACUGAGGAAGGCACACCGGCAUCCUAGGCAGGGGCGGCAGACCCUUCUGGGAACUUACCCUCUUCCUUUAAGGCCAGCCUUAGAACUUCACUCUCCACAGCUUACUCUAUUGCUCUUCUAAAAUGUAACAGUCAGAGGAAUAAGACACAAAGUAUUAGUUCAGGCAAACACUUCCCCAACUCUGCUAGUCAAUUAUUUUCAACUUCGCUACAACUUUCCUUCCCUUUUACCAGUUUUGUUUUUGUUUCCUGAAGGUUUAAAAGGGCGGGGGUUUUGUUUGUUUGUUUGUUUAUUCUUUACCCCCACCUUCAUGGCUGUAAGUAUAAGCUGUCCCCAGGUGUUAGAGUAGAUAUGGCUAUAGGUGAGCAGCCCGUUCUAGUACUAGUGAACCUACCCACCAGAGGUCAGCAAAGAGCUCAGAAUAGCUGGGUCCGCUUGCAAAUAAAUGUGGGGACUGGUAGAAUUCUCUAGAUCAAAUGUAGACAACCCAAGCAGAAAACAGCCCCAUAUUUCAAGGGUGUCCUUGGGUGGGGUGUCAUUCUCUCUUGGGUCCCUUAGUGCUUAGUUUGAACACACUGGAGGGGAUAAAGUUUUGAUCUGCUGUCACUUAGUGGGUUUUUUUUGUCUCAGGCCAACUCCAAACACACAAAUCCUUGCCUUAUCAGGUGCCUCACCCUCCUAGGGCCCCUAAUCCUGUCUGGGGACACAAUGCCCACUUUCACUUCCCACAGGACCGAAAACCCACGCCUCACAUUUGGCCUGGCCCCUUUUCUUUUAGGAGCGUUAUUUAUUGUUAAAAUGAAGUCAUAAGAUUACAACCCUGUUCCCAGCCCCCAGCCCCAGCCCCAGCCCCUGCUCCUGCCCUACUGUGACUGUUCUUAUCUCUUGUUCUCACCCAGAUGUGUAGUUAAGAAGUAUUUAUUAACCAUGGGUCUCAGGGCUUUUUAUUUGGUUUCCCCCACCCCAAGAGUAUGUACAGAGGUCAGUUCCCACCUUCUGUCAUCUCUCCAUGGAUCCCUCACUUCAUUUCACCUUUUCAGCCUGGUAGGGAACAGGGGAAAGGAAUGUGGGUUCCUCCCCUCCUUGCUUCUCUUUUUUUUUUUCCCCCUGAGCUUUUGAAGUAUAUGGGUCCUCAAGGACUACUCGUUAGUUAAGAUCACCUCCCUUAGCUAGCUCUUUAUUGUUGGGGAGUGGGAGGGAAAGGAGGAGAGAGAGGAGUACAAAGGGCAAGAAAGAGAAAGAGAACAGAAAUGAUGUAAGAGAGCCAGUGUCAAGGCAAGGGAGAGAAGAGAACACAAAAGGAAAGCCUUAGCCAAGUUAUCGCUACACUCCCGAUGAAGUCCCUGUCCUGGGGAAACUUCUAGUCUUGGAAGAGAUCAGAAUUUCAAGUAGCGAUUGCUGAGCAGGCAUAGACGGAUGGCUAAGAGUGAGCAGGAGUCAAGCAAAGUUGAAGCCUGGCUGGGCUUAGGAAGGAGAAGGAAGAGGGAAAGCUCAGAGGGUGAGCAGACUUCAGGACCCACUUGGGAAAGCAGAAACCAGGAGGCUGGUGGUGGAUCCAUGAUGGAGUCACCAUGGCCCUCUGAGGUCUGUCUGGCCACUGGCUUCUUUUUCCCAACAGGCCCCAUUUGCUUUCUUCAAAGUUUCUUACCUGAAUCCAAAUGAUUUUGUUUGAUUUUGAAGUUAGAAUUCCCCACCACCACACCCUCCUGCCACAACCUGAUUUUCUGAGUAUUUCCACAUGCUUCGCCCACUGAGUGGUUUUUGUUCUAUUUUGUUUUAAGCAAUCUGGCACACUAUGGACCUUUUUUGGGGUCAGAAACAGAAAAACAAAACAAAACAAAAAACAACCCACUCUAUCUUCGUGAGUCCUUUGAUUCAAUAAUUAUCCAGAACAAAGCCAGGGCAGUCCUAUGGGCGAACGUGAGCACUUUGUCCAUUAAGCAUACAUUUCGGAGAUUAAGGAAAUCCUGAGAGUUUUGCAGGUUGAUGGCCUCAAGAAUUUGGCACCAGCUAGGUUCCAUAUAGGCAUUGUUUUCUAUCUUUUUUUCCCCCUUCCUUCCUCUCUUCCUUCCUUUUUUCCACCCCGCUUUGAAAAACAACUUUUAUUCUCCUGGGGUACCUUCAGUUGAGGGGAAGAUCAUUCUCUCCAGUAAGGAAGGGUAAGGGGAAGAGAAGGGGGUAGGUUAAGCCAGAGGACACGGGGGACAAGAUUGAUGGCUCAGCGCUGGGGUCAGGGCACAGGCUGGAAGACACCAUAACCAGACACAAGUCAAAAGAGUACAGGUUCGGCUGGCUUCCUGGCUGUAGUAAGGAAAACAUUCUGUCAGCUGCCUCUGUGUCCUAUGUUUUACUCAGUAGGUCAAGUUUAACAAAACAACUCAAAUCCCAGCCCAGUUGAUUGUGCUAGGACCCACCACCGAGAGGAAGGGGCUUCCAGACCAAAGCUGUGGGCUCCUCUUCACGAUUUAGAUUUCCCCCCACUAGGAAAAGUUGUUGAACCUCUCAACAAGAGGUUCCAAGAGUUAAGAAAUGUGUUGCUAAUUGAUUUGAGCUGAAUUUGCAUUGCUUGGAGACUUAGCAGAGUGGCUUGGGUUGGGGGGGAGCACAAGGUUGCUGUUCUCAUAAGCCAAGAGAAGGAAACUCCCUCCCAAACAUGCUCAUACAGGGAAUCCUAUGUGGCAUUUUGGAAUCUUUGGAGUUUGGGGUGGGGUGGGGCUGUGUGUCACAGGGGUUCUGAGAAAGAAAGGGGGGAGAUUGAAGGGGAAUUUAGCCUAAAAUCGAUAUACCAGCUUCAGGCCACUCUAGCAUGAUUCCAAAUGAAAACAGUUGUCACCAGUUAACUUUUUUUUUUCACAUUUUUGACCAUCGGCAGACCUCGGGUUUACUCCUAUGCAGAUUUUGUUAACCUUGGCAAAGAACAUGGGUUUUCCCUCCCUGAUAACUUGUCCCCGAAUUUCCAGUCAACAUGUAUGUUACAUGUUCUUGCUUCCUAUCUGCCUGUCUAGUAGCCUUACUAUGCACGCUGUAGCUGUCCACGUGUCCACCACGCCUCUCAAGAGGAUGAGUCCUCCCCGGGUCGGUGAGUCUGCCUCGAUUUGGGCAUUUUUUUUUUCAUUCAUUCAUUCAGUCAGUCUACUCAGUACAUUUACACUGAAAUGCGCCCUUCCCGGUGUGGAAGCCAAAGGUCUAAGACAUGGGUGGCUCUCCUAAGGUCCCGUGGUUAGAAUCAGACAUGGGAAGUGGUCAGUGGUGGGUAAUUUCUAGGAAGGCAUUCUGUGAGAGUAGAUACAGCAGCUCACAGGUGAAGAGUUUAUCCAGAGAUGGUUUCGGUGGUCUUUCAAGAGUGUUCUAACUCAGAGUCACAACUGACAGGACAUGAUGCUGUUCUAGCAACUGAGCUUCAGAAAUCCCAGAAGAACCUAUUUUUGAGGAGCAAAAAAUAGUCACAGUACUGAGGGCUUAGGCUUAGGUCCAGUAGGCGAUAGGUCAACUAUGGGAUCCAAUACUACCUUUAUUCAGGUCUCGCUUUAAAUGUCUGUUUGGUGUGGACCAAGGUAAUACCUUCUAGGGCUGAAAUUCUCUCAGGGAGUAGCCUCAAAAUUCUUUCGCUCAACCUUAAAAUAUUCUGCCUGUAUAAAGGACUGCAGUUUAGCUGGUAGGAUGAGGAAAGAAGUUAUGAUUGGCAGCCAGAGUAUUUUUACACUGCUCACAGCCUUCUGCCCUCCAUCUUAGCUCUGAUCCACCAUUUUGGAUCGUGGUCUGCCCUCCGUUUUAGUUUUGAUCCACCAUUUUGGAUCCUGGUCUGCCCUCCGUUUUAGUUUUGAUCCACCAUUUUGGAUCCUGGUCUGCCCUCCGUUUUAGUUUUGAUCCACCAUUUUGGAUCGUGGUCUGCCCUCCGUUUUAGUUUUGAUCCACCAUUUUGGAUCCUGGUCUGCCCUCCGUCUUAGUUUUGAUCCACCAUUUUAGAUCCUGUCCAUCAGGCCUCUGUUCCCUGAAACAGGUAGAAAGUCGGCAUUCAAAUGCUGUCAUUAAUUCUAUACAAUAAAAAAUAGAUAGAAUUUGUUUCCAGGUUUCAUUUCACAAAUACUUGUAGGUUGCCUACAUAUUCCCCUUGGAAUAUAAUAUCUUAAUAUUCCUAGUAUUUGGCCUGGGUAGGUUACAUAUAUACUUAUAUGUAUCUUUAAAAUGUGUAGUAUGUAUACAUACACAGGUUUGUUGUUUGCUUGUUUUGUUUGUUUGGCAGAUGACUGAACUAAAAGAGUUCCUCAGUUUUCUAUAAUAAACCAAAUUCAGAUUUAUAGAAUCCUAGGCUUCUCCUUUAAAAUGUCUACCUGCCAAAGAGAACUAAGUCAGGGACAUGUGGAUUACUCCUUCAGGAUAUUCAGGGAUGAGCUCACAGUUUUUGAGAGGUGGGGAUUUGGCCCAGGCCUCCUUAUAGGGCUGCAGGUGGCUGUGUUCAGUUCAGUUAAUCCCAUUAGCUGCCAAAGGCUUAUAAGGUUACUCUUAAUAAAGAGUUCUGUGAGGCCAAAGUGAGGGAAAGUCACAUUUUUAAUAAUGAAGUCCCUAGCAUAGGACAGAGUCAGUGCAGGGAACAGGGAGGGUGAGUUGGACCCUUAUUACCUGUUUUUCUCACCCUGUUCUUCCCUGCUCAGGACUAUGACUGCCCAGCAUCCUCCAGUUCAGCACACUGGCUUUCCUCUCCUGUAUUCCCAGGAUGUGGAAACCCCCAAAACCCCCAUACCUCCAGGGCAGCAUGGUAUGUUGGUAGUCUGACCAUUGUGAUUCUUUUAAACAAGAAAUGGAAGGUCCAGGCAUGGAGAAAGCACCAAAAAGGGCUAAAGCCACAAAAUAACCUUGUUGUUCGCACAAACAGCCUCCUGGCUAUGUGGUCACAGCCAGAGGAAAAACCUGGUGCUUAGUGGCACAGGUUGAUUGCACACCUUAACCUGGAGUCACUCAGAGGUCCAUUAAGCAUCCAUGAUUCAGCCGAGGGAGGCCUGAAGGCCUAUUCUGACAUGCCACCUACUAGCACACACUCUAGAAACCCGGAAGCCUGCCAGUUAAGCUCCCUAGUGUAACUUAAAGGGGGCCCUCCCAAGGUGUAUGAUAUUUAGGAAAGCUAAGUUUGAAAGCUCCUGCCGAGUGAGUUUGCUUAAGGUGUAAGUAGUUGAAGACCAGGGUGAAUUAUUAUGAAUCACUCCCAUAAUAUGUGUUUGAAUAUAUGUCACAUAUUUCUCUGGCAGCAGAGAGAGCUCAACAUCCAUUAGAGAUAAGGUUCUUUGGGCUUUUGUUUUUGUUUCUUGGGUUUUGAAUGUUAACCUACCUUCAUGGUGCCUUGCACGCAGCUCUGGGACAGCUAACAGGAUGAGGAUAACCUUGUCAGGAGAUGAGUGAGACAUUGUUGCAGGUAGGACCCUUCAAUAGCUCAGCGUCUACACCACAUAGAAGUCACCUCCCCUGCAGCUGGGUGACACUCAGCUAGGAACAAGGUGAUUUAAUUAAUGCAUGUAUGUCACAGCUUCAUGGCAAGCCUGCAACAGGAAGGCUGGCAACAAUAGUCCAUCCACACUCACACUCUCCCCUCCCCCCAAGCAUCAAAGGCAUUUGGAUUUUAUCUUUCCUGAUCAAACUUCUCCACUUCCUUCUAAAUAGCUUCCUCUUGCCCCUUAGUUAAGCCAACAGGGAGAGUAACUUCUGGGUUUUGUUAAAUUGUGGAUCCUGACAGGGACUGGUAGGCAAAGCCAGUCAUGACGCAGCUGCCGUUUCCCCCCCUCCAUGAAAAAUGGCCGUGCAGGCACCUUACUGCAGACACAGGCUGGCUCAAAACAUGGUUAUUUCUCCCCACCCUCCCGAGGUUAGGAUUUUUGCUUAGAACUCUCUGCUUCCAGCUCAAAUCUCCAUCAGCAAAGGGGCUGAUUUCAGGCAGAGAAAGGACCACUUCAGCAAACGAGAGAAAGGAGCGGUAAACAGGUUCACUCCGGCGGCAGCAGCAGCAGGAAAAAAAAAAAAAAUCAGCCAUGCCAUUUCCCUGACAGCUCCUUAAUUACGGAGAAAGAACAAGAUGUUUUCAGCUUUUUAGAGAGACGCCUCAUAAUAAAGGGAAGGAAAAGACCUGAAAGGGACAGGGGUUGCUGGGGUACAGGGAGCAGACAGCUGCCACUUCUGAAUGACAGAUGACCCUCGAUAAGAGACUCUCAGGCCCUCCCUGCAGACCAUGUACCCUUGCCCAAGUCUAUACCAUUUGCUGUACUCUACUAGGAGAACUGUGAAAGGAAGAGCCUAAUGGACAAAGAGGAGCCAGCCACCUGCUAGGUGCUGGCUUCUUCUCCCUUUCCUUCUGUAGGCCACGGUGAGGCUUUAGUCCUCAAGCCGGUCUUUCUGGCUGGGGCCUAUCUCCAGUGGCUGGAAGACUUUUCAAGUGGUCUGCCACACAUACCCCCCUGUUGAAAACUGUGCUCUCUUUAAGUUCAAUGGCUAGGUCAGAUGUGCUAUUCCAAUGUAAGGGCCUUAGAACUGGAGGGACCCAGAGCCAACAGGCCCAGAGACAGGAGUCGCUGCAGGCAGACGCCAUGUUGUUGGGCUGGGGAGGAGUCAUAGACUUAGGUGUUGAACCUACGUUCAUGUCAAGCGAGAAUCAGGAAGGUCCCUAUUUCACUUCUCUUCUCUGGCCUUUUCUCUAAUCCUUUGAUCUCGAGCACUUGCUUGGCCUGCUCAAAGCUCCUCAAAGCACUCUGGCACGUCCAAGAAAAGAAAUAAAAGUGACUCCUAAAUGCUUUCUUAGAGACAGAAAGAGCCUUGGUUUCUGGGAAUGGGAAAGUAAGAGAGAGAAGAAGAAAUUGAGCAUGCCCAAGGUUAGCUAUGCGAUCCCUGGGGAUGAGAACAGCAGGCACACGCAAACACACGCACACGCACACACAGGCAAACAUACAAGGUGGGUUGCUUCACACUGCCUCUCUACUUGUGAAGUGGAGAGCAGAAGAUAGGGUCUGAGCUACUUAUCUUGACACCUUGGGGUAACCACUGCACACAGAAUGUCUGCUAGAAGUGAUGUCGCUUCUGAGAGGGACCCCAGCCUUCACUCUAGCACUCACGGCUAUGUCCAUCUCCCACUGACUCCAGGGUACACACUUCACAUUCACCUCUUCCGAGACAAUGUGUGGUUUUCUUUUUCCUAGGGGCCUCCCUUACUCCCCGCACUCAGUUGGCACCCUGUUCCGUACACGGGUGACUUUGAUGAUUAUUAAGCCAGCAGCUGACAGUAAGCUGGUAGGGACUUAGGGGUUUGUGGUAGGUGAAUUACAGGCAUUCACAAAUAAAACCACUUCGUCUUCUACACUCAGGAUUAACAAACAGAAUGCUACGUCUGUGGCAUCUUCUGGGAGGAGGGAAUCUCAGUGGCCAGGGGUACUGUGAGGAUGCAGAGCCUGCUCUCCCCCGAGCUGAGCCAGAUCCAAGCAGGGAAUUUGUCCUAGACACCAUGCAGGGCAGUUCUGCCUGCCACAGCGGUGCAGGAAUAAAGGGAAAUCUCUCAGAUUUUUAGUGGAUCCAUGUUAGAGAAAACACUUGAAAAAUGUAAGAGAUAGAGACCCUUUUUCGUUUUGUUUCUCCCUUUUUAUCUGUAAAGCAGUACUUGGGGAGCCAGGGGAAAGAUAACAAGGACGGCACCCCGAUUUAUCACCCCACCUGCUUAGAGAUUUCAUUUUAAAGUCGUGGUUAUUUGGAGGAAGAAGAAAAAAUAUCCCGGACACCUGAGGUAUAGGGGCGUACCCAGCUUAGGGGGUCAGAAAAAGCCUGCAUCAGGAGGCUGUCAUUCUCAGUGUCAGAAUAAGAAAACCAUUAGAGAAUUUCAUUCCCUUUAAACAAUAAGCAGGCACUUUGGAAAAAGAGAACAGAGUUUUUUUUGUUUUUUUGUUUUUUUUUUUUUGUUUUUUUUUUUUUUUUUUUUUUUUUUUUGUGGCAACACUGAGGUCAUGGGAUCCUAAUAAUGUCUGCAGGACUGGUGUCUGUCCCUCAUGUCAGAAUUCAUGUCAGCAGAGAUUACAUGGUUAUCUACAUUUUAUAGGGCACUAGUAUAAAAGAGGGCUUCUGGCUAUGCUCUAGCUGCAGUGUCACCAAACCGCCGUGGGCAGUACAGCCUCAGAGCUCACCCCUUCUUUCAUCCAUGUAGCUUUGCUCUAGUGAGUUUUUUGAGCCGUUUUGGCACAGCUUGAAAAACCCAGGUUCCUUUGCUUGAAAUGUGUAGCACUCGCUGCCCUCCCUAUAGCCUUCCACUGUCCGCCCCUGUGGUGUCCUUUCUGGCUUGAGUUUUUGUCUUCUUGGCGCUAAUAUAUCCUACCAAUCUACUUGAACGACUGUAAGAACUUGUCUGAGUGUCUUGUGUUCAUCAGCUACCACCUGCCCCGACCACACCCCACACACCCCACACGCUGUAGGGAGACUUAAUUUUUAGGAAACAGAAGGCAGCCGAGGAAGGGAGCUUACACAGGAGCAAGAUGUGGGAGCCUCUUGCCUUCUCUAGGAGAUGGCUGCAGAGAGGAGCUGAGAUGAGAAAGCAGGCUGGUCCUUAUGGGAAGGUGGGCAGGGAGAGCGGACCCGUUAGGCUCCCAGUGGCAGCAUCCGGAGAGGAAAGGUCUGUCUAGUGCCCACAGCCAUCUUUGAUAUGGAGGAAGUAAACGCCAUUCACCUUCUCUUUGUCUUAGGUAACAACCAGCUUGAUCCAGUUCAUGGGAGAAAAAAAAAUAACAAUGAGAAGUUUUUUUUUUUUAUCACAAAAGAAAAAUGUCUAUAAUUUUAGUUUGGGAUAAAUUGACACCCCCUUCUCUAUUUUUUAUCUCACAGUCACCAAAACUGAGCUAAUCAAUUCUCUCUCUUUCAUCUGCAUAGACAAUUUAACUGGUCUAUGCCAGAUUCCCCCACACCCUCUUCUUUCUUAUCAGUGCAGUAGAAAGCCAGGCAGGUAGGAGGGAAGAUGGCAAACCCUUUGUGGUUUUAAUCUACACCUCAGGCAAAGGGGAACAUUCGGACAUCAUCCUGAUCCACCCUCCUCACUUUUCCUUUGGGAUACAGGCCAGGCAAAGCUCAGGUGUGACCAACCCCCAGC